CUGGUGUUUUUUUCCCUAGGUGCCAAGGUGACGUCCACAGACCUGCCGGAGGUGCUGAGUAACCUGCAGUAUAACGUCCUGCGUAACACCAGGGGUUCCUGUAGACACGCUCCUCGUGUCACUGAGCUGUCCUGGGGGAAGGAGCUGGAACAACACUUCCCUCGGGCCGCCUGUCACUACGACUAUGUGUUCGCUGCCGAUGUGGUGUACUGCCACCCCUACCUGGCGGAACUCUUGGACACCUUCGAUCACCUGUGUCAGGACGGGACAGAGAUCCUCUGGGCCAUGAGGUUCCGUCUGGACAGAGAGAACCAGUUCGUAGAACGGUUCCAGACCAGGUUCCAUCUGGAUGAACUGUACGAUCUGCCCAGUCUCAGUAUCAAACUGUACCGAGCAUCAAGGAAGGAGACGAAGACACGAUCUGGAGAGGCAGCUUAAUACUACCAUGCUCUACGGAAGCAGUCUGAGACACUGCAGGGGGAUGGAGAGAUGGGGAUGUGAAUGUGUGUUCUUUGAUUGAAUCCCGGCCACUCACUCAGAGAACAAGCCCCUCCCCACCCCGCCAAUCCCUCCCCACCCAGCCCCUCCCCACCCAGCCAAACCUCUCCCCACCCAGCCAAGCCCCUCCCCACCCAGCCAAGCCCCUCCCUCCCCACCCAGCCCCUCCCCACCCCGCCAAACCCCUCCCCACCCAGCCAAGCCCCUCCCCACCCAGCCAAGCCACUCCCCACCCAGCCAAGCCCCUCCCCACCCCGCCAAACCCCUCCCCACCCAGCCAAGCCCCUCCCCACCCAGCCCCUCCCUCAACAAAGGCAUUGUCGAGAAGCGCAUUACACUUAACUCUUGAAGGUAAUUUACCCUUGAUGGUUACUGUCCUCUUUACGGAGGUUACAGUCCUCUUUACGGAGAUACCUUUUCUCUUUACAGAGGUUACUGUCCUCUUUACGGAGUGACCUUUCCUCUUUACGGAGACUACUGUCCUCUUUAUGGAGAUACCUUUCCUCUUUACAGAGGUUACUGUCCUCUUUACGGAGGUUACUGUCCUCUUUACAGAGGUUACAGUCGUCUUUACGGAGUGACCUUUCCUCUUUACGGAGACUACUGUCCUCUUUAUGGAGAUACCUUUCCUCUUUACGGAGGUUACUGUCCUCUUUACAGAGGUUACAGUCGUCUUUACGGAGUGACCUUUCCUCUUUACGGAGACUACUGUCCACUUUAUGGAGAUACCUUUCCUCUUUACGGAGGUUACUGUCCUCUUUACAGAGGUUACUGUCCUCUUUACGGAGGUUACUGUCCUCUUUACAGAGGUUACUGUCCUCUUUACGGAGGUUACUGUCCUCUUUACGGAGACUACUGUCCUCUUUACAGAGGUUACUGUCCUCUUUACAGAGUCUACUGUCCUCUUUACGGGGUUACUGUCCUCUUUACGGAGUGACCUUUCCUCUUUACGGAGACUACUGUCCUCUUUAUGGAGAUACCUUUCCUCUUUACAGAGGUUACUGUCCUCUUUACGGAGGUUACUGUCCUCUUUACAGAGGUUACUGGAACUCUCCUUCCCUUCAUAUCUGGGUCUUGAACUCUCCUUCUCUUCAUGUCUGGGCCUUGAACUCUCCUUCCCUUCAUAUCUGGGCCUUGAACUCUCCUUCCCUUCAUGUCUGGGCCUUG